UAUAAAAAGGUUGCAAUUAUUAUCAAGAAAAAACAAAGGGUGAAGUUGAACUUGAGUGCAUAUAUAUAAAUAAAUAUCUCUUUUAAUUCAUUUUUUUUCUUUUCUUUGAUGGCUUCUUCUUCUUCUUCUUCAUCAAAUCUUGGAAUAAUUGUUCAAAAGAAUCCUUCACAAUCUCAACUCAAUGAAUUGGGCAUCAAAUCUUGGCCUAAAUGGGGUUGUUCUCCAGGAAAAUACCAAUUAAAAUUUGAUGCACAAGAGACAUGUUAUUUAUUGAGAGGUAAAGUGAAAGUUUCAACAAAGAAUUCAAAUGAUGAAAUAGUUGAAUUUGGAGCUGGAGAUCUUGUUAUUAUUCCAAAAGGAUUAAGUUGUACUUGGGAUGUUUCAAUUGCUGUUGAUAAACACUAUAAGUUUGAUUCAUCUUAAUUAAUUAAUUCUUAAUCAUCAUUAAAAAACUUAGCUAAUGUUCUUGUUUAUGAUAAACAUCUCUUGUUGAUUGUAAUCAAUUUUCUUGAUAUAUAUAGAGAUAUAUAUAUAUGUAUGAAGUAGAAUUCUUUUCUAUAUGUAAAAUGGUGUUUAGUAAAGGUUUGAUUCAGUAUUUAAAUUCGAUGAUAUAAUAUUUUUAAUUUUUUUAGUAUCGCA